AUGGCACAAAUGCUGAAGAUCAAAGCCGCCGGCGGGAUCGAUUUCCCUAUUGAGGUGGCUGCGACAGGGGCGACGGUACAGGAUGUGAAGAUUGCGGCCACCGCGGGCUGCGACAUGGAUCCAGAAGUCAUGAAGGUCAUCUACAAGGGCAAGGUCCUCAAGGAUGAGGACACGUUGGCCAGUUGUGGCAUCCAAGAAGGCGAUACUCUGCAUGUUGCCAAAGGCAUGAGCAGACCCGUCGCCCCGCCAAGAGAGAACCAGAGCUCCGGAUAUUCGGGAGCGAGCGGAUCUGGGAAGGCGACUUUCGAGAUCUGUUUCAAAGGUCCGAGCGGUGUGGAAGUUCGUUCCAACCAGUUCGGUGAAACAGACACAGUGGAGCAACUUCGUCAAUUCGCCAGCUCUGAAUUCGCCACAAAUUCGGACGAAGUGCACCUCCUGCACAAAGGGAAGAUUCUCAAAGAUGGUGCCUCGCUGGGAAGUUGUGGCGUUGCUGCUGGCUCAGUGCUGAGAGUGGCACGUCGUCACAACGAGAAAGAUGCGGCCAGCGAUGACACCGUACAGCCGACCACAGUUCCGGAGGUCGUCGGCUCACCCAUGCCCAUGGCGUGGGGCGCUAAUUCCCAAGGCGAGUUGGAGCAAAUUCGGACAAUGGCACGGACUCUGGGGUUGCCGCUGGAGCCGUUGGAGCAGGUUUUGCGGGAGGUUCCCCCCCAGCAGGCAAUGAACGCAGCAAUGCAGGAGAUAGCACGCUUGCGACGUGGGCCACCUGCUGGUGAGACAGCUGCAGAAAUGCAAGCUAGAUGGGAUCGUGAGGCUGCUGACAUGGCCCGGCAAGUGCGGGCUUAUUUGUCUAGACGUGAGGAAGGAGAGGAACCGGAAGGGGAUGGAGAUGAAGAGCUGUUGGCUGACAUCUCCCGGACACUGGCAGAGGCACGGGCACGUGGAGCUCCUGUGCCGAAUGCAGCUGUAUUUGUGGAUCGCGCGGUCGCAAGGAGGCGCCAAGCCCGAGAGCUCCACGCGCGGAUGGCUCGAGAGGCCAGUGGCCUGGACCCCGAAAUCGAGGACGCUUUCGCGGCGGCAGAGCAAUCCUUGGCUGCCAGUGCCAGGGCACCGCGCCGGCUGGGCGGAGCGAGGCCAGGCACUGUGCUCGAAGCUUAUGUCGGUCAGGUGGCAGUGGCGAUGGAAGCUGCUGGCACGGCGACGCAAGCCUGGACAUGGCAGCGUGUGACUGCGGGAAAGGUGCCGCUGCAGGCAGAAGCGGAGCAAAGUGGCCGAGCUUGCCCGGUCGCUGGAACCGCGACGCACGGCGCUUUCAGAUGCCCCAGCAGCUCGGCUCAGGCAGUUGAAAAGAUGGUCAGGGUGACUAUUGGACUCAGCGCAGAAUCCACUAAGAGCAACCUGACUUCUCACUGGCUCGCUUUGCCACAGUUUUUCUUGCAGCUCCUGACGCGGCAACUUGUGCAUUGGGGCUUACUCGUACGAUUCGAGAGAGGCAUCGUCGUCGACACCAUGACAACCGUGGCAAAGCUACGGAGGAAGAUUCAGGAUGUGUCUGGAGUCUCACAGCGAGCUCAGAUGCUGUCGAUUAGUGGCAAGGUUCGGAAUAGCUCUGUUGACCACCAGCUUCUGUCCGAGGUGGCACCAGAAGUGUUCUACUGCGACGGUGUCGAUGUGACCGUCCUAAGACGGUGUAGCGAGGCCCAGGCCGAAUGGCUGGACAUGCUGGAGCGGGGCGAUGAGUCAGCCCGUGCCGGUCUUUUUUCAGGAGUUGCCAGAGAUCUCCAGGAACUCUGCGACUUCAACCGCCUUUCUCGCUUCAGACAUGUGCUCCAAGAGCACAUGAUGAACGAUGCGCACAGAUAUGCCUUUCAUCGUUUGCGAGUGCAUCUGCUUCACGAACGAUGCCCCUUUACUCAUCCCGGCGUUUGGCGGAGUGAAGUAUGUCAGUGGCUGCAGGAGGAUGAGACCUUCCUCCUCAUGGCCUUAGAGAUCAACAAUCCCGCCGCCGAAGUGCACACUCCUAUCCUGUUGUAUGGCGCCCGAGAGCAGAUCCAGGCAAAGCUGGACUUGGCUAAGAUGCUGGCAGGAAACCCCCGUGUAGAUCCGUUGGUGCUGGCCGAUGUUGCACCACGAGUGCUGCAUGACCGUGAGUUCCUGCUCAUAGCUGCAAAGAGGAGUGGCGCCAUUUUGCAGAUGGCAGCGCCCGAGCUGCAGCAGGACUUGGAGUUGGUCAAGGCAUGCGUCAUGCAGUCCGGCAGCGCGCUGCGGUUUGUUGCUCCUGAGCUGAAAGCAAACAAGGACAUUGUGUUGCGGGCUGUUGGGAACAGUGGCCUCGCCCUCGAGCAUGCCGCAUGGGAGCUCAAAGAUGACGAAGAGGUUGUGCAGCUUGCGGUGCGAUGCACGGGCCUGGCCCUGGAGUUCGCUUCGACCAGGCUGAAAUCGCUCCGUGAGAUUGUCAUGGAGUCAGUGAGCCAAGAUGGUUGCGCAAUUAUGUUCGCGGCCGAAGCACUAAAGGACGACAUGGACGUAGUCAGCCGAGCUGUUCAGGUGUCAGGCCAGGCUCUCAAGCACGUCUCGGCGCGUCUGCGCAACUCAAGAGAGGUGGUCGUGCUAGCUGCCCGCCAGCAUGCCCAAUCCUUGCAGCACGCAUCGCCAGAGCUUCGCUCAGAUCCGGACACUGUAAUCGAUGCUGUGUCCGCGAGUUUCAAGGCCUUCGAGUUUGCCAGCCCGGAACUUCGAGCUGAGCCGAAGGUAAUACGGUGUGCAGCCAAGCAGCUACUCUCCAUGCAUGGCAUCAUCGUCCGCACUGAGUCGGGUCAACAUUUAUUGGCUGCUCUUCAGACGGGACUCCUCACAACGAGGACAUUUGGCUUGGCAGUUGUGCGCCACGAUCCUCAGCUGUAUCGGCGUCUGGAGGAGCAUGUCAAGGCAGACAAGGAGGUAUCGUUGGAGGCCGUAAAGCGGCUUCCAGACUUGUUUCCAGACAUGCCCUUCCAGACUCGAAAUCAGCUGGAUGUCCAGGUGGCAGCAGUGAUGCAGAAACCUGAGAUGAUCAGCUUUGUUUUGCCGACGGAUGUCACCCGCGUGCAGAGGGCCGUGGCGGCCGUGGCGGCCGUGGCUCAGGACCGGGGCCGGGAGUGGGGUGUACACAGGAUGAAUGAGGGCCUCAAGCAUAUGCAUGCUAUGUACACACAUGCAUACAUACACACAUGCGUAGAUGCAGGCAUCCGCGCAGCAUGCAGCUACACACACGCACACGCACAUGUAUAUGUGUGUGCAUACACACAUACAAUUGUAGAUCGCAUGCACGUGUACGUAUACACAUGUGUGUAUGUGGUUGUGUAG